GGAAAGCAACCGGUGGCAUAGAGAGAAGCGGAUAGAGAGGAGCCUGCGCGGCGCUACCGGCGGGCGGUCUAGGCCGGAGGCGGGCGGUGGCGGCGAGGGGCCGGCGUUGCCAUGGCGACCUGGCGGCUGCUGCGGGAGCUCCGGGCCCAGGUGUCCUGCCGCUGGGUCGGGAGAGCGUGUCUCGGCUGCCCGCUUCCCAGAGCGCCUGCUGGUCUGCCUCAGCGCGCCGGAGACAUUUGCUCGAGGCCCUGCAGACCACGAAGCUCAUCGGCAGCUGCUGAGGCAUCUGAAGAGGGUGUCUUACUCAAGUGGGGCCUUCUCCUGGUCCCUCUGACCACCUUCUGCCUUGGCACAUGGCAGGUUCAGCGACGGAAGUGGAAAUUGGACUUGAUUGCACAGCUGGCAUCAAGAAUUGCUGCAGAGCCCAUCCCUCUGACAUUAGACCCUAUGGAAUUGAAAGAAUUAGAGUACAGGCCUGUAAAGGUCCGAGGGCGUUUUGACCACUCCAAGGAGCUCUAUAUUUUGCCACGGUCACUUGUGGAUCCUGAACGAGAAGCCAGGGAAGCUGGACGGCUGACGUCCAACCCGGAAAAUGGAGCAAAUGUCAUUACCCCUUUCUACUGCACAGACCUCGGGGUCACAAUUUUAGUUAACCGAGGAUUUGUGCCCAAAAAGAGAUUGAAACCAGAGACCAGGCUGAAGGGGCAGAUUGAAGAUGAAAUUGAUCUCACUGGGGUGGUGAGAUUGUCAGAAACACGGAAACCUUUUGUGCCUGAAAAUAACAUUGAAAAAAACCGUUGGCAUUAUCGUGAUCUGGAGGCUAUGGCAAAGGUGACUGGUGCUGAGCCCAUCUUUAUUGAUGCAGAUUUCAGAAGCACAGUCCCAGGAGGGCCCAUCGGAGGCCAGACAAGGGUGAGCCUGAGAAAUGAGCACAUGCAGUACAUCAUCACAUGGUGAAGAAAUUCAUACAUCAUUGCGAUAGCUUGUCCAAUUGCUUAGCUGGAUCAGAGAGCCAACUCUUCUAAUUAGCGAUCUAACGAAGUCUCACAUUUCUGCAUACACAAGCAGACAAGCCCACAUACAAAGUUACCUGCUCGGAGGACUGGUGGCCUCUUCGUUGGAGCAUCUCCCUUUCCUGCAGCUUUCUGCUCAGCACGAGCCAGCAGCCUCUGCUUCUUCUCUUGCUUAGUUUCAGGCCUGUACUUGUGUGCCAGCUUCAGAAGCUGAGUAGCUGAAAUGCAAUACACAAUUUAUUCCUAAGGUGCACGGCCCAAGAAUCUCAGCAUUACCCUUCAAAGAACUCAAGGGCACCAGCAAUCUUGGUGAUUGUCAUCAAAUGUAUUUAGAUAACAAAUAACUAGCAUCAUUUGCACAGUGCAAGAACAGAGCCAGCAGAGUGCUUCUAAAACCCAUGUUUACGUGCACCUUUGCUGGCAAUGAGAGCUCCUUCAUUGUUUGGAUGAAGAAACAUCUGCUGGCCCCCACAGCAAAUAUGGUUAAAGCUGGUUCACUUUCUCCUUUAAAAUAAAAAACUUAUUUGGCAACAUCUA